AACUUUCAUAGGACAGAAAUAUUGUGGAAUGAAUCAAAAUUAUUUAAUUUGAUUCGAUUGAUACGAAGUAAAAUGAGUUAGUAUAUAAACCUUGUUACACAAUACCACCCACUAAUAAUAUUAGUUCUAUCAACCCUCUCUCCCUCCCUCCCUCCCUCUCUCUCUCUUUCAAAGCUUUUUUAAAGUAGCCGAUGGCUAGCAAUCCGACAAAUCGACCAAAAAGGCGUGUGAUAGUUGAGAUCGGUUUACUAGUGGGAACGACGGGGCUAUGUUUGGUGUUGGUGAUGGUGUUGAUCCCGGGCUUAAAAAAGUUACUUUUACAAAAGGUUGGUUUUGGAGAGGGAAUGGUGCAUGUUAAUGGAACAAGUUCCAUUGGUUUGAUUGAUGAAGACUUCAUUUGUGCUACUUUGGAUUGGUGGCCACCUCAGAAAUGUGAUUAUGGAACUUGCAGCUGGGGAUCUUCUUCUAUCCUCAAUUUGGAUCUUAACGUUCCAGUCUUGUUAAACGCAAUUAGAGCCUUUUCUCCAUUGAAACUUAGACUAGGAGGCACUCUUCAAAACAGGGUGAUAUACCAAAGGCAAGGUGGUCAAGAACCAUGUUCCCAGUUCACCAAAACUAAUGAUGGGCUAAUGGGCUACACUCAAGGUUGCUUACCACUAUCUAGAUGGGAUGAGCUCAACACUUUUUUCCAAAACUCAAGAGCAAAGGUCAUAUUCGGGUUAAACGCGCUAUAUCAAAGAGAAGUAAAAACGAAUGGUGCGGUCAUAGGACCAUGGAACUCGAGCGACGCAGAAGCUUUGAUGAAAUACACCGUCGACAAGGGUUUCACGAUUCAUGGUUGGGAACUCGGAAACGAAUUGAGUGGGCGCGGGAUAGGAGCAAGCAUCGGUGCGGAUCAGUACGCGUCGGAUAUGGUUUCACUCCAAAACUUGGUGCAAAAAAUCUACAAGGCUUUUGAAGUGAAACCACUAGUUCUUGGACCAGGUGGAUUCUUUGAUGCAAAUUGGUUCAAUGAAUUUGUAAACAAAUCAAAAGAUUCACUUCAAGUAAUUACCCAACAUAUCUAUAAUCUUGGUCCAGGUGUUGACAAUCAUUUAGUUGAGAAAAUACUUAACCCCUCAUAUUUGGAUGGAGGAUCACAACCGUUUAGAGAUGUUCAAAACAUUUUGAAGAAAUCGAAAGCUUCAACGGUUGCUUGGGUAGGUGAAGCGGGUGGUGCUUAUAACAGCGGACAUAAUCACGUCACUAAUUCGUUUGUGUUUAGCUUUUGGUACUUGGAUCAACUGGGGAUGGCAGCAUCGUAUGAUACUAAAACGUAUUGUAGGCAAACGUUAAUAGGAGGUAACUAUGGGCUUCUUAACACCGACACAUAUGUUCCGAAUCCUGACUAUUACAGUGCCCUUCUUUGGCAUCGGCUGAUGGGACGACGUGUUCUAUCGACAAGUUUUCAAGGCACAAGAAUGAUCCGUUCAUACGCACAUUGUUCCAAACGUUCGAAUGGGAUGACUAUCUUACUGAUCAACCUCGACGGGAUUACAAAAACCGAAGUAGGUGUUACGAUUGAGAAUGAGACAAUAGCGGUGGCAUCAAAACGACAAAUAAAACAAACACACUCAUCCAAACUUCGCAACAAAGAGUUCACAAGAGAAGAGUAUCACCUAACAGCAAAAGAUGGGAAUUUAAACAGUCACACAGUACUUUUAAACGGAAAAGAAUUAACCGUAAAUUCUACCGGGAUCAUACCUUCGCUAGAUCCAGUCGAAGCAAACCUCCGCGACCCAAUCACUGUUGCUCCAUACUCCAUUGUAUUUGUUCAUAUACCCGGGAUACACAUUCAAGCUUGUACAUAAUGACAUGUUAGUAAAUUUUAUAUAUUUUGUUUGUCA